UGAGAGCUUUGUUGAUCACUCGUUCUCUUCCACGGUUCUGUCAUUUUUCAUACUUGAGCAUUUUUCUAUAAUUCUUAGCCAAAGUAUUCAACGAUGAAGCUUAAUACUCCAGAAAUCGCCUGGCACGGAAAAGAACCAAUUCUGAGCGUCGAUUUUAGCAAAGUAGGAUCAAAAUGGCGACUUGCUACCGCGGGUGCAGAUAACGAUGUAAAGAUCUGGUCGAUCGCAUGCGGUGAUGGUCAAAAGACAGUUAUUGACUUUUUAGCAAAUUUGAGUCGCCACACAAAAGCUGUUAACGUGGUGAAGUUUUCUCCGAAAGAUGAGAUUCUUGCAUCAGGAGGAGAUGACUCCAUGAUUAUUUUGUGGAAGCUCAAUAACUCAGGCGAGAGGAACACAACUGACAUAUUCAUGGAUGCAGAUGAAAUACCAAACAAGGAAUCCUGGACUUUUCACAAGGCUCUGAGGGGGCACAUUGAGGAUAUAUAUGACCUUCAAUGGUCACCAGAUGGAAACAACAUCAUUUCAGGAUCUGUUGACAAUAGUGCUAUCAUUUGGGAUAUAGUAAAAGGUCAGAAACUUGUAAUCUUGAAGGACCAUAAACAUUAUGUGCAAGGAGUUUGCUGGGAUCCCCUUGGCCAAUAUGUUGUGACAAAUUCAAGUGACAGAAGUUGCAGGCUUUACAAUCCCAACUCUUAUCGCUGUUGUUAUAACAUAACAAAGCUGUUGGUAAAUGGAUCUCAAAAGCCAACAGAAAAUGGAGAGGCAUUUAAGCAUGGGAAAAUGUUUCAUGAUGAAACCCUGCCCUCAUUCUUUCGCCGGCCAAGUUUUUCACCGGAUGGAUCAUUGCUUCUAGUUCCAGCUGGCCGGCUGGAGGUUGGUGAUCAGAUCAUCAACACAACUUAUGUUUUUACCCGAGGAUCUCCAAACAAACCAGUACUUUAUCUGCCAAGUCCUCAAAAGGCCACUGUGGCAGUACGAUGUUGCCCUAUCCUAUUUGAACUAAGACAAGCUGAAGGUGAUGGCAAAUCUGCAAAAAGUAUCUUCAAGUUACCUUACCGGAUGGUCUUUUCUGUAGCAACAAUUGAUUCCAUUUUAUUAUACGACACUCAACAAGCAGCACCUUUUGGUUACAUAACCAAUAUUCAUUAUGCUGCCCUCACUGAUCUUACUUGGUCCAGUGAUGGAAGUAUGCUUGUGGCUUCCUCUUCCGAUGGCUACUGCACUAUUGUCCACUUCAAAGAAGGAGAACUUGGUGUACCUUGCAGCCUCUCAAUCAAACAAGUGUUGGAGAGAAGCAACUCACCACUGCUGCAAAGUUCUGAUACUUCAGGCAAAAUGGGCAAAAACUUGCGAGCCUCUUCACCCUCAGAGAAAGAAAAGAAUGAGGAAAAGUGUGAUAAAAUACCCCAGUCUACAAAGAAGGAGCAACUUGGCAAGAUUAGCAUGUUUACAGUUCCUAUGAAGAUUACACCAACCAAACCUGCCAGAAAAGGGGCUCCAAAGACAAUUUCUUUGGCACCAGCCCCUUCAAAGCCAGGAGCUGCCAAUCCAGUUUCUGAAGAUUUGAGUAUGGCAGCUUCUAUCAGUCUGGUACAAUCUUCCCUGCCUGCUGCAAACACUGCAGGACUGCAGCAGACUCAUGCUGGUCCCAAACAUGUGACAUUGUCGUCAGCACAAGGGCAGCUAAAUGGAAAUAAUUCAAGUGGUCAGAUGACACCAAGGCGUGUUGCUCUGGCACCUGGUGGUCAGAUGACACCAAGGCGUGUUGCACUAAUGCCAGCAGGAAGCUGCCAACCCAACAAGAGCUCUGCUGAGAUCAAACCAACUACUCAGGUAACACCAAGGCAUGUUGCUCUGGCACCUGUGGAGGGUGCAUCCAAGCCUGAAAACACAGUGACCGAAACAAAGGAAGGAAAGCAAGUUCUGGAACAAGUACUGAAGCACAACACACUGGAGUCCAGCCCUGCUAGUGGAAACAUACCCCCAGUUGAUGACAGAACUAGGGAAACUCUUCUUAUGCAUUUGUCCUCUCCAUCUCAAACUACACUUGCACCCAGAAGAGUACCCCUUGUGACAUUGGCAAUUGAUCUUGAGAAAGCCUGCACAAAGGAAUCAUCACAGGCAUCCCAACCACCUGGAACAUCUUCUAUAUCAGACCUUAAAACUUUGGUUAACGAAAAUGUCACAAACAAAUCUACAGAGCCCACUUUAAAACAGUCAGUGUUAGCAAGAUGUGAUAAAACUUGUACAACUGACCACUCUAAGCCGAGGAGAAUAGCACUGACCCCUGUUCCAGCUGUAACCCAGAUACCAUCCAUAACUUCUCCCACAGAGAAGGAAAACAGCACAGUAAACCAACCUCCACAGCCUAGAAGAGUAAUGCUUACUACACUUGAACCUCUUGGAGGUGGGAACACUCAGGUUGAACAGCCACAAGGCAGUUUUAAGAAAUGCCUGACCAAAAGUAGACAUAUUCCUUUAGAACCAAAAAUCAUUGUACUAGAUGACUGACAUGUAGCUAGAAGUAUUAAGUUAAAAUAUAAAACCUUGUUAUCAGUGGUAAAUAAUGUAAAUGAACUUCUCAAUGCAUCGACAAGAUUAUGAUUGACAUUUAGUCAGCCUUUCCUAUUUCAAAGGACACUCCAUCCCUUUACAAGGAUUUCUGUAAUGAUGGGUUUAACUGCAGAAAAUACUUUUUUAAUGCUGGACUAGAGUUGUUUUAAAAUUUAAAUGUAGUGAAAUCCUCUGAUGGUUAGUCUUUCUCUAAAAACCUUUUUGGAUAUUAAAUUAAUGAAAGACAACUUGCAGAGAAAAAAACAUAAUUCUCUUAAUUGGCUGUCUUCUUCAAAUCUUGUUUGCAUAAUAGGAGUGCAUCAAGUAGUGUGUGAGGGGAAUGAAAAAAUGUAAAUAUUUAUAUUUUUCAUUGAAUAAAAUAUUGCCAC